UUCUUAUGAAUAAUCUGAAGUCAUGAAUGUUAAGAUUAGAAUCUUAAACGCGAUCACAAUUCUAAGAAGAACUUAUUAAAAUUAUUAUUUAACAAACAUUUCUUUUUUAAUCUUUCAGAUGUCUUGUUCUAGUUGCAACUACUCUCAUACAAACGAGUGCAGCAUUCGAUGAAUAUUCUUAUCAGCAAAUUAUAAACAAACAGAAUAAUCAACCUUUAAAUGGAUCGCUGAUCAUAACAAAACUCUUGAGUGUGAGUGGCUCUACAUCAUCAUCAGAAGAGACAACAACAGCACGACAGCAUCGUGUAAAUAACAUCAAAAUUAACCAAAGUUUAGAUUUAGAGAAUAGUGAUAAAGUUCAACAAGAUGAAGACCAAAGAAUAUCCAGUAAGAGCCUCUUAAAAGUUCCCAAAUAUGUGAAUAAAAGCGCGAGUAACUCCGACAAGAAGAACUCGAUGCUCUUAAAGAAAAAUUUCAGCGUGAGUCAAGUGAAAGCUGCUGAAGAUGGAAGUUGGAAGUGUCCAAACAUUUCAGAUAAUCGGAGUUUAGAGUGUGGUUGUGAUGUUCCGCUAACGUUGAGAUGCAGUGGAGAUGUUCAUAGUUUAUCACUCAUAGCCGAAGGUUUGCGUCGAAGCACUUCGUUUGUCUCAAUUCUUGAUUGUACCUUAAAAAAUGUCACCGUUCUUAAUGAAGCCAAAAUAUUCGAGGGAGUGUCAUUGAGUGGUCUCUUCAUAUCAUCAGGAGAAAUCAAAAGAGUCCAUCGUCUUGCUUUUAGUGGGUUAAAGACGCCUCUGCAAAUCCUUGGCUUACCAAAUAAUGCUUUAAAUAGUGUGCCAUCAAACAGCUUCCAACAGUUGACAUCGCUUGACCGAUUGGAUCUUUCUAAUAAUGAAAUUAAAAUUUUAUCACCGACAGAUUUUGUGUCGGUUCCAAAGCUUUCAUAUUUGGAGAUUAGUGAGAAUCAAAUAUCAUCAAUUUCACAAAAGACUUUUUUGCCGUUGAAAAAUCUAGUCACAUUGAAACUCAAUGGUAAUAAGUUGGGAAAUUCGCCAGGAAGUUUAAAGACUAUUGCUGAGUGUAUCAAUCUUAGAGAGUUGGAUUUGCAAUCGAAUCUUAUCAAAGGUCCAUUGACGUCUGAGACUUUACCAACUAUAAAAGAUUUGGAAAUUUUGAAUCUUGAACGAAAUUCUUUCUCAAGCGUUGGUGCUGAAACUUUUAAGAAUUUUCCAAAACUCACAAUGCUCUCUUUACGUCAUAAUCAAAUCGAUGUUUUGGCUGAUGAUGCAUUUAUUGGACUUAAUUCACUUCAGAAAUUGGAUUUGAGUUAUAAUGGAAUUGUUGCUGUAUCUGGCGGAUCUUUAAAGCACAUGAAUCGAUUAAAAAUGUUGGAUUUCACUCACAAUUUCUUAAGAGCAAUCACAACAGAUAUCAUCAACCCCUUGCCACAGCUAUCGGAAUUGAAACUUGAUGGAAAUGACAUUUCAAUUGUUGAAAGAAAUGCAUUAAACUCUGCUAAAAAUCUUAAAAAUAUCUCACUUCGUGACAAUCCAUUAGCUUGUGAUUGUAAAUUGCAAUAUUUUGCUGAAUGGUUAACAAGUGCAAGUCAGUUUGAUUCAAAGAACCUCAUGGCUUUUUGUAAAACACCACCAUUCUUGGAAGGAGCUCAACUAUCUCAACUUUCAAUUGAUUCUCUAACAUGUGCUGAAACACAUUUGGAAAGUGAAAAUGAUCAGAUAAUGUUUCAAGUGAAUUCAAUGUUCAGUGACUUCAACGAUAACUUCACAAUGAUCAAUUCGAGUUCAAGUAUAAUGUUCGUGGAUUACAACUUCACUGUCAACAAUGAUCUCAAUUUAAAUUGGAUUUUACAUCUCAACAAAUCAAUCUUAUUUCACUCUUUAGUGAUAUUUGAAGGAUCUGAUGUGAGAAUGCGAAUGGAUAAGUCAACUUUGAAUUAUCGUUCUUUCGAGAAAGGCAUUGAACCAAAUGACGAAUAUUUUGUUGUGUCAAUUCCAUCUAACGUUCCUUUAAAUUUAGGAAAUAAUUAUGAGUUCUGCUUGAUUUUCACUGAAGAUGACAAUCAUUUUUAUUUGGGAUGUUCAACAACCUUUUUACUUAUUCCGAACCGUAUCACGACAGUGGAUUUAAAUUCAAGAAUUCUAAAAUCAACAAUACAAGACUCAGAUAUAUCAGAUUUUGAUUCCAUAGCUGACAAACAGAAUAACCCGCUCUACAUGAAUGAUGACAUGCAAGGAACAUUCACAACUCAGAAAAAUCGAAAGAAUAAUGAAGACAUUUUUGAACAUGACGAUUCAAUAGAAGUUUAUCCUAGCAGAGAAUAUUACAACACGUUGUGGCCUAAUGUCAGUUUAAGCAUUCUCAUCAUCUGCAUGUCGAUUUCAAUCAUUUACAUAUUGUUUACUAAAUAUCGUUAUUACUACAAACAUCAUCAAACGGAAUCAAUUUCACCUUCUUAUUCCGAAGAUUCUAUCAACACUCAAAUUGAAGACGAAAAUGAUAACACAACAAACAAAUAUAUAAAGCUUCAAGCUACAACUGCAUUGUAGCAAUUAAAGUCUUAAAGUUGUAAAACUCAAACCUUAAUUUUGUACAGAUUAAAACAGUCAUUACUUAUUCGUUGUUAAACAUGCAUCAAACAUGCAACUAACUAUUGUAAGAAAUCUUUGAUUAUAUUUAAAGCGUAUGAUUUUUUCUAUUGUUUAAGAUUAAUUUUUAAUUAUUUUAUAAAAACUUGUAAGAAAUUUUAAAUGCUUAGAUAGCAAAACCGACAAUUGAAGGAAAAUAAAGAAAAUUUAUUAUGAAAUUUGUUUUUACUUUAAUUAUUUUUAAAAUUGAAAAAUCUGACUUUU